ACCGCUGAUGGUAAGCACAGUUUCGCCCAUCCGUUAGACCGCCAGUGCCGAGGGCCAGGGCACCAACGGGCCCCCCGAGUGCGUCCGCCAGCCCCGCCGAAGCGCUCAACGACAGGCGACGGGUCGCCCAUGCGCCUGCGCACACCGAGCCCGCCCCGGCGCGCUCCCGAAAACACAGCCAGCACGUGCCGCAGCCGCCCAGAGCGUUUUUUUUACGUGCCGGGUGACGUAGACAAACCAGCGCACGCCGCUGCAAAAAGCGGUUGAUCGGGGUGGGGCGGAGGGGAGGGAGCGGGUGGGGUAUCGCUGUCAGGGGAGGAGGCGGCAAGAAAUAGUGCGCUGCGGGGUCGGUCGGUUGGAGAGAGCAAGCGUGCGGCUGGAAACGGUUUCCCGUCUCCCCGUGUUUGUGAGGAAACAAGCGAGGAUGGAUUCUUCCAAUGAAGGUCUGCUGCAAAGUGAUCCAGCACCUGAAGUAGGGGAAGAUGCAGCUGCAACUGCUGACCUAGAAGGUGGAAUGACGGACGAAGAUAGAGAAGAACUUACCAAUGAACUUGCUAAGGUGGAGGAAGAAAUUCAAACACUUUCUCAAGUCCUUGCAGCUAAAGAGAAGCAUGUUGCUGAGUUAAAGAAGAAGCUAGGAUUGACUCCACUACAUGAACUUAAACAGAAUUUAUCAAAAAGUUGGUUAGAUGUACAAUCCUCCAUGGCAUUCAAGAAGACAUCUGAAACCCUUGCUCAAGCUAGUCAGAAGGCAUCCUCUGCAUUUACUAAUUUUGGUUCUGCCAUUACCAAAAAGUUUGAAGAUGUUAGAAAUUCACCGACUUUCAAAUCCUUUGAAGAUAGAGUUGAAAACUUAAAGUCUAAGGUUGCAGGCAACAAGGAAGGUGGUGGUGAUUUUGGGAACAUUCUAAACUCUGCAGCAAAUGCAAGCGCCACGGAGGCCAUUACAGAAGAGGUUUCAGAUGUUCAAGAAACUCAUUAAUAUGUAGUUUUAAGUCUAACUCUUUUUUUUGGACGUGUUACAAAUCAAGAACAUUAAUAUUAGUAGCUGCAAAUAAUGGCAUUUUGCCAUCCAGUUGUGCCCUUGUCUCACAACAUUGCAUUUUGUAUUUAACAGCUCACAAGGUCUGCCUGGCCCUAGGUUACUAUACUUUUAAAAUUGUAACAGUCUGGCCCUAAUUGCAAAAAUUGCUUUGUUUUAGAUGGAAUACUUUUUGGUUGAAAUAUCCUUCAGACUUGAAUGAUGAUUCAUUCCAAAGCCAUGCCUCGCUUAAUACCACAGGGAAACCAUCUUGAUGUAUGGAAUAUUAAAUUGCAAUUGUUUUUUCUGGAGGGGACUAUUUUGAAACACUCCGUAUGAAUUUGAUAACCAGCAGACCCACAUUAUGGCUCAGCUUAAAAAUGAUGGCUUGUGUUUUAAUAUUAACUGUCUAUUAAAGACACGUGGAAGACCUUUCUUGCUUCUGGGAGGUGUUAUUUGUUCCAGUUCAAUGGUGUAAAACACAUUUGUAGGGAAAUACUGUAAAUUGAUCAGAAGCUAAUUGUAUUUCUCCUCAGACUUGGAAUUCUGCAGUUUUUUGGCUAUUUUAAAAUCCUAUUCAGCUAGUUUCACGUUUAAUACAUGGCAAAGUAUUUUCUUGUAGAAGGGAGGUGAUUUGUAAAUGUACACUUCUCAUUUUAAAGCAUGUUGACAGUUAGCAUCAGUUGAGGUUCAGAUUUUUGGGUCUGAAUGUUGUAGACCAAAUGAAUGAAUGACAUUGAUUUAAAGAUGUCAUGUUACUGCAUAUUUGAAAAUACUUGAGGUUAGAGUUCAGUGUUAUAAAUUGUAAAAUGGUAAUUUUUGUUCACUCAAGCUAAGUGAAAUAUUGUACAGUCACACAAAUAUCUUGGUGCACUCUGUAACAAAAAAGCAACACUUAAUAAAGAUUAGUAGAAGUGUUUAAUGUG